AUGAAAACAAACUCGUCGUCACCUUUUGUUCAUGUGACGUCGGCGCAAGCACGUUGCUAUACGUGCCAAGCGCAGCAACUUUUGAAUGAAACACUUUGUGAAUAUGACAACCAUGUCAAUUCCUGCACUAGCGGGACGAAUCCACUGCAUGAUAAAUGGCAGUGGAAACCUCUUGCUACACACGAAGGUCUUAGUGUUUACAAGGAACGCCAGCCAACGCACGUAGAGCUCAAUUUGUUUGCACGUCGUUCGUCAGAAACUCGAAACGGUUCGGUAGCUAUGUACUCGACAGCGUGUGUAACAGAGAAACCAAUGACGGCUUGGACGAUGGCUGCUUACACCCCCGAACUCGUAGACCUGGCACGGUCCACGUCGUCUGCGGCAGUAACUGGGUCGUCUUCUAUCGCCUCGGUAGUGGUUGUGGGACAUAUUGAUGGUAAUCUGAGCGAUGCCAUGUAUGGACUCGUUGCAACGGAUACGGCAGCGUUGCAACGACGGUUGUGUUACAUGGUGGACCCGGAGGUGCUGAAUACGGCCAUGAUUAGCUGCAUCGAGACACCAAGUGCUGCUGAACCAUUCCGUUUCAUGGGUGUACAGUGGGUCGUCCGUGGCGAGGCUUCUCGUGUCAACUCAAGCUCUCGACGGCUUCGUGAUUUUGUACUAUUGGUAGCUUCGGGUGUCGUGCAACACAAGGUUCCUGGACGGCAAGAAGUCCAAGAGAUUGGAUACUACCUGUGUCAGUCCGUGGAGAUACCAGAGUACGAAAACCGCAAACAUACUCGCGGAUGGCUGUCGACGUGCUCGUUAUUUACUCUAGCUAACGAGCAUUCCCCACAGAUCGAUGUGUUUUCUCGAGGAUACGCGGACUUUAAGGGAAAGAUGCACGACUACCAGGCAGCAACGAUGAUGAAUUCGCUCAUGCUAGCUGGAGUCACGGAAGCUGCUUCAUGUGGUCAAAUCAAGAAGCUAAGCUGGCUACUGAGUGUCAAGGGUGCUGCAGCAGAGUUUCGAAAGCUGCAGCCAGAGACAAAGUCCGCGUCAAAGUGUUGUGGCAUUUGCGAGCGCAAGUUUGGCGUCCUGCACAGUGUAGCGUUGUGCACCCUUUGUCACCUUAAAGUUUGCUCGCGUUGUCGCGUAAGCCGAGACCUCAGCUUUGUAAAGCGGCAAGACGUCGUUUUGAGUACCAUUCAACGCAGGAGUUGGGAUGAUGGCCACCAAGCGAGUCGACAGGUGCAACGUCUGACUGCUGUGUUCUGUAAAAACUGCAAGCUGAAAGCCUGUCACAUGGACGCUAGUGUGAUGGCUCGUUGGGAGGUUAAAGCUAGCGACGGUGUUAAUGGGACGAAGUGCGCUUCCAUAGAAAACGAUGCCGAAAAUUCCAGCAGAACUUCUCCUUUGUACUCCCCGUCCGACUGUAACUCCGAAGAAGAAACUCGUGUCUGGACUCGAGGCACCAAUACUGCCACCCUACGAGGGUGUGUAAGUAAAGCAACACUGCAUGAACCUCACAAUGACAUCAUGGACGUUGUAAAGACGAAAGGGAUACUGGAUAGAUUGGAUAGUAGCGAGACGAGUUGUUCGAGCUCUACAGUCAAAUUGGAUUGUUCAUUGACGUCAACGUCGUCAUCUCCGCGAGACCAAGACAGCAGCCAAGAGGAGUCUAGCACUGAACGGACUCGAUACAUGUACGACUCUCGACAGCAGCAUCAGGCCACUCGAUACCCUGUCGAAUGUCCUGAGAGGACAACUUGCACGUACUCAAAUGAAGUGAGUGUAAAUGCAGGACAGUAUCAGGCCGAUCUCAUGCGGAAGAUGCAGGAACUGCAAAAAAGUGCAGAGUCUGUGUACCAGUUUACGAGCAAAAUGAGCGCUCACACGAGCUAUCGACACGAACAGUUCGUGUCUUUAAACUCGCAAACGUCCAUAUCGGAGUUAGACUAA